GAAUCCAACAUGGCGGACGGUGCGACGUUUUCAAUAUUUUUUUAUGGUUAAGUUUGUUUUAAAAAGUCUCCAGGAUGUUUAAAACUAGAAGAUUGUUUCAGAAUAUACAGCGAGCUGCUGUUCUGCUAAAUCGUGUACCACUUCGCCAGAAAACCCACUGCAUGGACCAUGCUACAAUACCAGCGCCCUUGAUGGGACCUCAAACUAUCAUAAUCAAGAGUCCUUAUUCAGUGAAAGUAGAAGCCAUCGAUCCCGUUCAGUUUGGACAUAUCAAGGCUGUAGUGGGAUUCCUUUACCUGGAGACAGAAACAACAGAGGAGCUGUCCCCUAAAGUGAAGACAGCAUUUCAGCAAGACAUACAGUAUAAUGUCAGGGCAGUCAUGUCACCUUCGAGAGAUUAUAUGGAGGUGAGAACAGAAAAAGGGAGUAGGACAUUUGAUGCAUUGCAAAAGUAUAACUUUGCUUUUACGAACUGUGUUGAUGAAGUUGGUCACCGUAAAGUGGUUGGAAAUAUGCAAUUCAAGCACUGAAGCACUGUUUCAGCCACAAUUUCGGACAAAAGUGUUAAGAAACUGUCUUGUUUGAAGAUAACGCUCUUCAAAGCACCGGCAAUUAUAAUGUUGUGUGUUUCGUAUUGUAACAAAUGAGUCUUUGUAAACGUAAAAAAUCAAUGUUUAAUCCAUUAGAUUCACUUGGGUGAGAGCUACUGAGUACAAGAUCGCAAGCAGAUGUAGAGUAUAGCAUCCUAUUGGAUGACAACCAUCACGUGACAUUACAGCAAUCCCCCUCUGACUGGAAAUUCAAGGAUGUUUAGCAAGGUCAAAAUCUUGAACCACUAAAAGAAAAAAACAGAAAAUGUGAUUACUUUAAAUAAACAAUUUACCUCCAUAAUCUUUGAGAAAUUUCUGUGUUUUUUUAUGUUCCUCCAGGUAACUUGUUUGGAGCAAAGGAAAUUCAACUAUCCUCCUAAGGACAUCAGCGUGCAUUUUCAUGUCCCUGUCGAUUAUGGUGUUGAGAUCGAAGUCACAGGUGAUGCAGAUGUUGAUGUUCAGAAUUUAGAAGGACAUCUUUAUGAAGUUAUCACAGAGCAAGGAUCUUGUCAUUUGAAAAACCUGAAGGGAUCUCGUUUGAGUGUAGAAACAAAUGGUGGGAACAUUACAUGUGACUCACAGUUAUUGUUUGAGUUUGGAAUUCUCGAUACUAAAAAGCAAGGGAGCAUCUCUGUGAAAAAGCUGCAAGGAAAGAAAUUUUGUGUUGAUACAGAGGAUGGUGAUAUUGAUGUAAAAGCUACGUACCUUCUGAGGGCAGAAUUGACAUCUAAAGGAGGGGAUGUCAGGUUAGGCGAUGUUCAUGGUAAGUAAUUGAUUGGGUAUAUUUUAAAAUGCUUGAAUACUCACAACAAAUAAGCUAUUAGCUUCUCUAGAUCAUACAUGUAUCCACAAAAUAAACAAAAUAAGUUAUUAGGAAUUUAUCUAUGUUGUUACUGUGAAACUCAGAGAACAUUGAACACCAGAAAAAGCCAAUCAGGUUUGACAAAACUAAGCUGCAAGCAACAACGGAACUUAUUUUAUGGUUUUCUGGCAUGCCCUGAUCUUUAUUGCUUUUGGACCAAGGACAAUAAACGAUCCUGAAAAGUGUUCAAGGUUUUCUGGGUUGGAUGAUAAAAUACAAGGAACAAAAAACAACAAGUAAUGUAAAAAAAUAAAAUAUUUGUUAACAGAAGUAAAAUGCCAGCCCAGGGAUUUUAAUCUGACCAGCUAUGUGAGAGAUCUCAGCAGAAUGCUAUCCCUGGUUCUGUUUCCCACUUUUGAUCAACAUUUAUAGUAACUUGCAGCUGCUAGUAGUCUACGAUUAAGUGAGAUAAAGUAACUUAUUUGCUUUUAUGUACAGCAUACAACAAUGUAUAAUGACCUACAAGCAUCUGGUGUUUAUUAUUACUAUUAUUAUUAUUAUUAUUAUCAUCAUUAUUAAUAAUAUUAUUAUUAUUAUUAUUAUUAUUAUUAUUAUUAUUAUUGUACAUUGCAUGUCUUUCUUUUUUCAGGUUUAACUGAAGUAGAUGUUGAACAAGGAGACAUUUCAGUUGGUUCAGCAUCUGGGAAGCUAAAGGCAGUCACCAAACAAGGGAACAUCAAUGUCAACUUGGCACAUCAUGACAUUGUAACACUGAAGUCAAAAGAAGGUAUAUUACUAUUUACAUAAGUGAUUUAACCCUUUAAGCCCCAAUAUCCACAUACAAAUUCUCCAAACUGAUCUCUAUACAUUUCCUCAAAGAAUGAGUUGAGAGGUUGAUAAAAGAUCAAAGUAUUUUCUCUUAGGUGAUCAUUUAAUUGAUUCUCAUAACCUAAUCUCUUGACAAGGUAUGAAUAUCGUUAGGAGAAAAUUGAUGUUGGUCACUAUUGGGACUUAAAGGGUUAAUGCAAGUGUCCAAAGAACAUGUGAAGCUCAGAUCCAAGAUCGAUUAUAUGUAGUUGAGCAGAUGUAUUGUUGAAAGCUUGCCAGGGCGCAAAUUGGGUUCUCUUAGUAGGGUCAUGAUCUAUGAUUAUUAAUGUCUCACUCAUUUUUCUCUAACUCAUUAAAGAUUAAGUUAAUGUUUGCUCGUGUAUUGUUUGGUACAUGGUAAGGGAAAUUGCUGAUGGAGUGGCUAAGAUAUACUUACACUGAUGCUGCAGAAAACUUGUACUGUCAGUAGUUUCUGUCCUAAAAACAACAUGUGUGAAAACAACACAGCAGUACAGUUAAAUGAACUCCAUUUCCUACCCAACCUGAUCCAGUUUUCACUAUGCUUAACACACUCAAAGAAAGUGAUUCUUUUCAGCUAAAGGUCUAUUUUCAAGUUUCCAACAUUUUUUAUUUUAUGCUCUUCUUUUAAUGAAAACUUAGGGAGAGGGUCAACUUUGCAUGAGGAUUCAUUUCUUCUCUGUUGGCACCCUUUUUGCAUCCAUCCUUCUUUCUUACCAUCUAUCUUUGGGUAAAAAAGUUGUUAUAAAUAAAUAUUAAAAGAAAUAAAUAAAGAAAACUUAACAUAUCUUUGAUGUUUGAUGUGGCAUUUAAAAUACAUUUUUAUCUCAUAGGAAAUAUUUGCAUCAAGUUGCUAGAGGAAUCUGUUUCUUCAGAUAUCAAUGUGAAGUCCAAAGAAAUAGGUAUAAAUUCCAGUGUGAAUUUGAUUGUUAACGAGGAAGAUAAAGGAGAGAACUUUUCAGUAAUGACAGGAAAACUCAACCCUGAAUCUGAAGGGGAAGGAAACUCAAGAACAAUUACUGCCGAGGCAAAACUAGGAUCUGUGAAGUUUGAGAAAAUUGACUGGUUUAGUUCUCUAAAAUUCAAGUAGCCUGUAGUGAAAGCCCCAAUAAAAAUUACUCAUAAAAAAGCAUGAUGUACUUUUUUCAUUUCUUUUUUGUUCCUGAUGUGCGAGAUUGCUUCCUUUAAUAAUAAUAAUAUACAAUAUUUAUAGAGCGCUAAUUCCCAAUGGUCCAAAAGCGCUUUACAUAAUAAAAAUAACAACAAAAUCCUAAACCUACAAAACUACAAAACUACAUUGUCAUCCUAUAAAAGCUCGUUGGUCCGGUUAUUUACUUAUCGCAGUUUAGCCAGGGCGUGGGGGAGAGAGGAAAAAGUCCCCACCCUCCCGAGGGCUCACUGUCAGGCUAACCACGCUAGUGUAACCGUUUUGAAUUUGGCCUAGUUAACUCUAAUCAUGGUUUGCAGUGAACAACGUUGAUGAAGUACUGGUAUUUUUGUAACGGCUAUCAAAAACAAUAAAUUAAUUAAAUUAAUUAAUUUAUCUACCUAAACCCACUGAGGACGGAGGGUGAUUGACUGAAAACUAUUAUUAGAUUUAGACCUAGUUGAAGUAAUGACUUGAAUUUAUCCAGUGUUAAGCUACGUUCUGAAACCUUCUAUAAUUUUGCCAUUCCUAAUGUGUAAUUAUUGUUCGCGGUUAACCUUAUUAUUGACCCAUACGGUGCAGAUAAGAAAAAUGUUUGUCCACUUUCCCUAUUCCCGGACUUACUAAAGUAUACACAUGUAGGUCCACUGAUUUUCUUUUUAAAAAGCGCUUUAGCAGUGAGACUUUCCUUAACAACCGACCGAGAGAUUUACGUACCAUUGAUGCCUCGUUGUAAAAUGUAUAAUGGUGUUUGUUACUAAUACAAUGCAACCACAAAGCAAACAAGGAGGGAAAACGUUGGCGGAAGUGGAACAGAAAUCGUGACAUUGACACGCAAAUCUGGCGCGGCUUUCACCUUGCGGUGAUCUGUUCGAGAUCUUGCAUCUAUGAUUUAAUAAUCUGGGGUAAAAAAAAAAAAAUUAAAUUCUUCAACUGAAGUGUAGCCUGCGUAGCAAGCGUUUCCAAUCGAAUUAUUGCGAGAAAGUCAGAGCGGGAGCAAAAAAAAGGUGCACUCGUCCCAACUUUCUCGACGAACUCGCGCUGAAACGGUUGCUACGCAGGCUAACUGAAGUGCUCCGCGGAAAUUUCCCCUGUCAGCCAGUUCAAAGAACAUCUUACAUAGGAGGGCGCAAGGAAAUUCGUGGGAAAAGUCCACAAAAAAAGCUGGCGAUGUGAUCUGCUUUGGUUUGGCUCAACGUAUAGGGAAUAGGGAGUAAAUUGAAAAUAAAUUUACCCAUCAGUUUAAAAGUUUACAUAACAAUCACCUUGCUACACUCGCGUCAGUAGAUUAGAAUAAAGGCUAUUUUUCCUAGUUGCAAUCGUCGUCAACAAUUUGCUCAGUUUAUGUCAAAGUUCUUCCAUUCUCGGUUAUUACUUUUUUCUCGUGUACAACCCACUAUUAGGGUCAUUGGUAGAUAAGCUUAUACUGAAAGUCUACGAAAGUAUAUCUGAGAAAUUUACCGUGACUAUUUCAGCACGAAACUGUCUAAUUAAUUUUGACUUUGAAUGAAGACUAUCAAUAACAAUACUUAAUUAUAGAAAUAACCAUGAAUAAUUUUAAAAUGUAAUAAACGAGAUCUUUCACGUUCUCUGUAAUUGGCGUUUGUGUGUGGCUCGUCCACAAUUUUCCCCGUUUCCUGCAGAAGAAUUCAAUAAAUUAUGUUGAAUUUGCGGCUAACUAUUUGCCUUUGGGUUAAACGUAAUCUCCUUUGUCUGACGUGAGAUUGGACAUCACACAAGGUAUGGAAAUUUUUUCAAGUCCUGCGAUGGCAUCGGCAUCGGCGUGUAAUUAAAAAAUAUCGAUAAUUUAUCCACGCGCAAAACAGUUGUUAUCGUUUCCUUUUUAAAAAAGUGUCAGCGGGCAAAAGCGAAGGAGAGACGCGUAUGCUGGAAUCCACUAAAUAUCAAAACCACCUCAUGAAUUAAUGGAGAGAUAAUCGAGAAACAUCUAUUUUUUAAUGAAUAAUGAUUUAAAAUUUGAUGCGCGCGUUUAUAUAAAGUACCUUGCGCUACUCAAGGGUCUCCUUUAAUCUUCCUCAAGUUUUUUACUUUAUUUUUUCUGAUUGCUGAGGUCUUAGAUCCGAAAUUAGCUGAUUAGAAAUCGCCCAAAUCUUCUGUUUCCAAUUUUUACUGAGUUUAAUGAAACAAACAAGGGCUGCUGACUAAUUGACUCAACAAAUUAGCACGUACGUAUUUUCAACGAGCUUUUCAGCCGCUGGACGUUACGCGGAUAAAUAAACGAUUGAUUGAUUGAUUGAACAGUCAGCGCUGAUACACCAAGCACCGACUAAUAAUUCAACAAGGCAUUUGUUCCGACUGAAUUUCGUGGAUAUGUAUUAAAGUAAAAUGUUGCCCUACAGAAUUUUAUUUCCGAGGUACAUUGGGUACUAGCGACUAAAAACAAACGCGACCAAAGGAAAGCCGACGCCGAUCGAUGCAUUAAAAACUGUAUCGUGACUUUGAUUAAUGUGAAAUCAUCCCUAUCAUGAAAUUGUCUAUUGCACACAGAUAGCACGAGAAAUAACUUAGUAGAAAAAUCCAUCUAGACAAUAAUUGUUUUCGGAAAACUUAAAUUCAGAUCUCUGAUACCUAUAGAUUAUAAUGUUUUGAUCCGUUGUUGUUCAUUGGUUUUGCUCUUCCCAAUCAUUGCUUUGUACAUAUGGCGGUAUGGUACACCCUUUCGUAUUGUCCCCUUCCCUACCCCUUCAAGUGUACUAAGUGCUCUCUUUCUCUCCCUUUGACGAGAGAACGUCAAUAACACAAUGCUUUGUAAAUAAAUUCCUACCAGAUUUUUCGUGUUCCCAGCAGAUGCUCGGUCACCUCAUAGCACUGUUCCGUUUCGAAAACUCACCUUCCUCGUUCCUCGGAGAUUCCUCAAAGAAAACCUCUAAAAGAAUGGUUCGGUUUUUCUUCCCGUUUUGUAUCGUGGUAUCGCUGCUGAUCUUAUGUACUCAGGAAAUUUCUUCGAAGGUGAGAAGCUAUUAAUUUUGCAAUGCAUUUCCAACCUUUUUUGAUCAAACAACUGUUAACUUUUUGAAACUUUUCACUUGGCUGAUCUAAAACAGGUUUUUUUCUUUCGCUUCUCAUGUGUGAAACGUUUUUAAUUUGGCUCUAAAUAAACUGGUUUGACUGUGUUUAGUUAAAAUUUUACUUAUGAAAUUCUCAGCUCUCUGAAGAAUUUGCAAUUAAAUUAAAAAUUAGUAAUGUCACUAUCCUAAAAUUUUACCAGGUUCCCAUUCGGAGGAAGCAACUGACGCCGGCUUAGCCAACGUCUGGCAGGCAAAAGGCUUAUCGAAACAAAAUUUUUCCACUCUUCUGUCUUCUUUCCCAAUCAUUUAUUUUAAUUCCAAAAACUGAACAACACUUCUUUAAACUAGUAAAUGGUCUUAAAUAAACAAAAUGAUUUUUAAUGACUUUCAAUAUUAAACACCUAAGUUGAUGGUGAUGCUUUAUUUUCAGUUCUUAAUAUUGCGACUGCAUGCUAAAAAAUCACGCACAUUCGUAACUAAGAAUCAAAUACAGCAAUCAUUAGGAAAGAAUGAUUAUCGUCUCGAUCAGUAAUGGAAAAAUUGGUGUUUUCGACAGAUAUAUCGAAGAAAAUCUGUAAAGAAACCGAGUUAUUUUACAAUGAUACUAAUGCUUAAACAGGUGAACUAGAUCCGAGAUUAUAAAAGAUGAUAGGGAGCAAGGUUUCCGCGUAGAAUAAUAUAAUAUAUAGAUUUAGCCACGGCUACCAUUGAUAAAUUUAUAACUUAAAUCAAACAUAAUUUAUUCAAUAUUCAGGACCAUCGAGGCACGCGUGGACUUUCAGUGAAACAGUUCAAAAAAUUUCCAAAAUCACCUAUACGGCCAGCCGGUUCCAACUUUUGACAAGCGCCAAAUUUCGAAGAAAUUUAAAAAGAGUUACGCUUCAACGUGAUAGAGAAUUUAUUGAGUUCUAUUUUUUAAUAAUGGUUUUAUAAUGUUACCCUGCUAGCAGAGUCGCUUCGAUCUUUCCUAGAUAAGUCGGGAAAGAGGAAGAUCGAAGGAGACUCUGUUCGCAGGGUAUUAUAAUGUAAUCUUCAACAGGGACCGCGGAGGGGGAGGGGCUGGUAGGGCCGCGGCCCCACCACUUUUUUGCGCCCCCGCCCCCACUUUUUGCGCUAAAAAGAAAAAUAAUUAAAAUAAAAAAAAGACUUGAAACAAGUUUUUUCCGUCUAUAUUCCGCUAUAUUCUCUUUAUUUUCUUUAAUUUCAAACGCCAGGCAUUUUGUGGGGCUCCUGUGCUUUUCGCGGUAAUUGUGCUCUGGGGACGACUUGCCCCUUGAUCAAACGCCAUGCCUUGGCCACCCCUUCGCUUCUUUCGGCAGCGUGUUUUGUACCUCCAGCUCCGGCAGAGUUUUUCAUCAGUUUUAUCAGACGAAAUGAAGGAAAUUACUAGCUUUUUCAAGUCAAACGAAGGUGAGUAGUUGUUUUGAGUUGAUAAAAGUUUUAUCUUUUGUCAGUUUCUCCUUUCGAAUCAAUGAAAUAUUCGAUGGCAAGAAGAAUUACAUUACUUGAACAGUGAAGGGCCAUAGUUAGAAAUUUUUCAGAUCACUUCAGUGUAGUAUUUUCUAUACUAAAAUUGUAAUCGCGUCUUUUCUUGCAUUAAAUCUGAACUGACCGUGUAUGUUGGCCGACCUAUAAAGAGCAACAAAUACACUGGAUAAAGUAUGCAAAGUCACGCGACAGAAACAAAUCAAAUACUAUGAUUUUAUUCCUUUUUUCGAUUUUCAAUAUGAAAAAAUUAUUUUCAAUUGUCAGCCCUGCCACUUUUCACCUUGCUCCGCGGUCCCUGUUCAAAAGCGUUUGAUACGCUCGGCAGUUUGAGUACUCCUGCAAGGGAUGUUUAUGAACGGCUGAAAACAAACGCAAAAGCGAAGAAAAUUGCACUUUUGAGAUUACCAACAUCAAUAAAGAAAUAUAAUUCGGUAGAACAUUUAUAGAGACAUCAAUUUUCAUUCACGAAAACGAAUGAGCUACUUAGGUGUCUCUACGAAUCCUCAAGUCUUUUAUAAGCUUAAAGAUUAAGUUUAUAAUGUUUUAAGCCGCCGGUUUCCCGGUGUUUGCUGUUUGCUUCUUUAGUUUGGCAGUGAUGUGUUGAUAGUUCAUCUACUUGGGACUGCUUCAAACACUCAGCUGGACACUAUCCGAGUGUAAACAUGUCGCUCGAAAAAUUGCAAGUUAUGUUAAGCAAAUAGCGGCUCCUGUAGGCGACUUACUUCUUGACUCUCUAAUAUUAUUUAACUAAUGUGAUUUCGCGGGGGUUGCUUCAGAUCCAACACUUUUACUGGGCAUUUCUUAAUGGUUUAAUGAAUUCCAGAUAAAAACUACUCAGUUUUGAAUCGACGAACGCUGAAGAAAUAAGGGAAAGCAGAAAUACAUGUUCUUGGUUUAAUAUUUCAGUGUGCUCUUCUCCUUAGUACUUACAUGAAAAAAUAAAACGUUUUUUAAUCUGGAAAUCAUAGAACUAUCAAACAGUAACCACUGAAAACUGAAUGUGGCAAAAUAUAAAAAAACUGAAUUUGACAUACUUUCGCAUACUUCCGUUCCUUUACAAUUGUAAGCCAAGUAAAAAAAACUUGUAAAGGAGUCUUGUCUUGCAUUUCUUUUGUCUAUUUUAUGAACCAUGCAUCCAUGCCAUGGCCGCUCAAUACCACGUAGGAAAUAAAAGUCAACUAUGUCUAAAAUGCUAAGGAAGGCAAAAGAAACUAUUAUAAAGGAAUUUUUUCAUCACAAGUUUGAAUAAUUAGCUAGCUUUUCCGUUUCAUCUGCCAUGGAAUAAAAAAAUAGGUUUUCAAGAACUUGUCAUUCAAGACCUGGCAGUAUAUAGUAGCUUGUAGUAUUACGUAUGUUGCAAUUGGACGAAAAAUUUCAAGUUAUCAAACACUGCAAAUAGCCUUCAAGUCAACGCUGAUCUUACAAGAAUUUUUGGUUUUUCCACUUAAGUAGUCAACUUUAAAUAGUGUUUCUUUCUCGAGGUAUUUGCCAUUUCCUUCGUUUCUGAUCAGUUGAAGAAGUAACUUCAAUCAGAUUUUUAAAGAAAAGAAUGGCUAGUUUGUUGAUCACCAGUUUCGCUUUAAUCUUCGUUUCGGUGAUUUUUCUCUCUCAAGCAAAAGAAACAACCGGAAAGGUAAAAUAAUGGAAACGCUUUGUUCGUAAUUAAUACUUAUUUCAUUAAUUUUGCUUUCAUCUCUUGUUUUAUGGUACGUUAGAUUCUUAACGUUUUGAUAAAAUUCAGCCUACGGCCCCGUUUAAGAAGGCCGGUUUAUAUGGUCACAAAUCGACCGUUAGCGAGAGUAUAACAUUAAUUUUCGUUUAAUAUACUUAUCAGGAAAUCUUAGCAGAAAAAAAUAUGGUUAGCCACAGAGUACUUCGAGUUUUUAAUAUAAUAUCAGUACGUGGUGCAAAAACAAAAACAAAAACAAAAGAGCUUCUAAAUAUUAAGUAACAAUAUAUCGUGCUGAAGGCAUAAUUAUUUAUUGAGCAUAUCAGUUCUUGAAUUAGAAUACUUUUGUUCAUUUUCUUUCAGCUACUGAAUCGUGGAAAUCAUGAACAAGGCAAUCAAAUUUUACUCCACAAAAGAAGUAUCUACACUAAUCCUCUGUUAGGUGAUUACAAGUAAUGUUUAAAUAACAGUUCUUUUUAUUGGAUAACUAACUCUUUAAAACGGGCUCUUAUACUAAUAACUUGUUUUUCCAAGUUAAGAUCUGCUGCCGUCAGAGUUAUCUUGACUAUCUUUAGCGAUUUGUGGCAAUUACAAAAACACUUUAUGGUUUGUACCUAUAAAUCAGUAAUGUAUAGAUUAUGCCAGCAUUUUAAACCUGUCAGUCAGAUGUAUAUGAAGCUUUAGUGCCGGUAUGAAAUCAUGCAGUGGAUGGAAAUUUGGCGCGUUUUGAUUGGUUCAAGUAACUCGGAAAAUUAAUGGCAGAUUUAGCAAAGAGGAGGUGACGAUAGUCACCAUCGACGACGGCGAGCGGAGAACUGAAAGCUGACUCGACAAAUGUCAGAGUGGCGAAUUGUGCACCGGAAGUCGCGUACAAUCUUCUUCGCGCGCUUUUGCGUUUUCAGCAUUUCACUGACGUCGCGUUGUCUUCGCUAAGUAUCCUGCUUCCUCACUGUUUGAAAUGGAGUCUCGUUUCGCGAGAGUUUCAGAAGACGAAAUUUUAGCAAUAAAUGAGGCGAUUGUACUAACAAAUCACCAAGAAAGCUACGAAAUUAGGCUUGUCAGUGUCUACUGUUUGGUAGAAAAUUAUUUUCUCAUUAGUUGCAACAAAAUCAUAAAAAUUCACUUGGCAAAUAGAAAAAAAAAACCGAAAAAUCUGUGAACGCUGCCAAUUAAAACGUAAACAAAGUACUCAAUAAAUGACGUCUUUUAUUUACGAAAAUUAUUGCAUUUUCCUUUUUCAUUCUACUGACUGGCUCAGGUUCUGUGAAUAGUGCUAGUUAUAGACCUCGACGCUUUGCGGCUCGAUAUUUAUAGCAAGCACUAUUCACCUACACCUCACCUUAGGAGGAUAGUUUUAUGUUAUAUUUGCGCUCAUAGCGGUUUCAUAUAGAGGGCCCUAAAGGGUACAGUACUUUCGCGGUGAACCCUCUGUGCGACACGGCGCUGAAAGAAGAGCAGCUUGUGACGCAAUAAAGGAUAUGUGUCUGUGCAAUUUCUUCUAAAAAUUUAAAGUUGACAGUGUGGCUUUCUUUCAAUUUAGUGUACCGCUGCUCCCUUCCUCUUGGUUUGGAGAAUGGCCAUGUUCCAGAUGCAGCGUUUUCUGCAUCCUCCAGCUAUAGCGCCAAACAUGCCCCAGCAAGAGCGAGAUUGAACUUACAGGGUAGUAGUAAAGGAUAUGGAGCCUGGUGUGCAAAAACUAACGACGGCAAACAAUGGUUGCAAAUUGACUUUGGAGAGCUGGUGCGAGUGACUAAAGUUGCAAUCCAAGGACAACAGGACGGUAACAACUGGGUAACAAAGUUCACUCUCUCUUACAGCAUGGACGGAAUACACUGGGCCGAGUACAAGGAAAACAGUGUCACGUGGGUCAGUGAUAAUCAUCAACUGCUUCAUUNGAGCCUGGUGUGCAAAAACUAACGACGGCAAACAAUGGUUGCAAAUUGACUUUGGAGAGCUGGUGCGAGUGACUAAAGUUGCAAUCCAAGGACAACAGGACGGUAACAACUGGGUAACAAAGUUCACUCUCUCUUACAGCAUGGACGGAAUACACUGGGCCGAGUACAAGGAAAACAGUGUCACGUGGGUCAGUGAUAAUCAUCAACUGCUUCAUUCAUGGACAAAACUGAUGAGACAGUUCUAUCUAAUUUUUUUUAACUUUUGCCCCACAGGAGCAUCUCCUCAAAAUAGAAAAGAGUAAGCCCCCUCCGCACCCCCUAUUCAAUAUUGCUUUGGUUUAAAAACGGACGUGUAUAAUUCUGGUGUUUCCCUAAACAAAACUGGGCAAGAGGAAGGGGGAAAUAGUCAUUCCGUUUGGCGACGGUUUCCCUAUUUGCCAGGAUGACAGCAAAACUGAAUAGGUAUUGUUUUGAAGUUUGUCCAACACGUUUUGUCCAAAGUUGUAGGCAUUCCCUUUUCGAUGUCAUUAUUAUAGUCAAAAAGCACCUAAAUAUGUAUCGCAUCUGUGAUACGUAACUUUCUUAUGGUAUAAUGAAUGUUCUCAUUUUGCCAUGACUUGCAUGUCACUUUUGUUGCUUCAUAAUUCCUGGCAAUUUCAUUCUUAUCCUGCCUUUGUUUUCUUUGCUCUAUCCCUCUUAGCUAUAGAAUAUAUUUUAAACUUUUUUAUGUCUUUGUUUCAGGCCUUUUCAGGUAACAAGGACAGAAAUACAUUAGUGGAACACUUACUGGUGACAGCAUUCAAUGCUCGAUUCAUUCGCUUUCACCCAAAAACAUACAGUGGACAUACUUGUCUAAGAGCUGAGGUGUACGGUUGUCGAAAUGGUACGUUAAUCAGUUUGGUAUGAUUUAAGUUGAAAUUACUUUCAGCGGGAAGAGUUCAUUCUGUUUACAUAAUGUCUAAACAAUAAAUAUUGAACGUGAUUAACUGUAGGGAGCAAUAGUGUGGAAUCAGAAAAGAUAGAGCAGGCAAACUGUAUGAACGAAACUUGUUUAAAUAGAGCCGAUUUGACUGAUUAGAAACAAAGAGCAGCAUCUUUGAGUCAGGAUCACGUCUCAUAUCCGUAAUGACUACAGAAGAAAAAAUUAAUCAGACGACGCACCAUGAUGUGAACCUCGUCAUAUUUAAUCGGAAAACAGGACAUCGAAGGACGGCAGUACACUCCGUAAAUACCGUUUUAUUUUACCAAUGUGGUUAUUAAGUAAGAGAUAAGUAAACGAAAUCUGUAAUUAGUAACACGUAAUUCACCUCUUUAUGAAUGUAAUCUAUUAUGAAUUAUCAUAAUAAAUAGAGGAAUUAUUUUCAAAAUCAAUUAGCCGCCUCAUUAUUGGUCCCAACAAAUACGAUUACAAGUACUUGAUCACUUGAUGUCUAUUUUUGUAUGUAGUUCACAGUUGUUCAAUGCCACUUGGUGUGGAGGACAUGCGCAUUCCUGAAAGUGCAUUCACAGCUUCAGGCAGCUACGACAACCGGCACCGGCCUUCACUUGCGAGACUCAACCUUUUAACUGACGGCAAGCACGUGGCUGCUUGGUGCCCGAAACUCAAAAGUUCUAAUCAAUGGCUGCAGAUCAACCUAGGGGAAAUAACUGCUGUUACUAAGGUGGCAACACAAGGGCGGUAUAACAGCGAGGACAGAGUUAAAACAUACAAACUGUCGUACAGUGUGGACGGGAUUCAUUGGACUUGGUACAAGCAACGCGCCGUAGAUAAGGUAACAAGAGAGAUUCCAAAUGUUAUGGGGUUCAUGAAGCCAAAGUCUAUUCCAGCAGUAAACGAAUAACCUACGAAUAAGUUCUCGGUUGUAGACUGAAGAUGGGAGAGGGCUCAAGUCUAUAAGUCAAUCAGUCAAUCAAUCAAUCAAUCAAUCAAUCAAUCACCAUUGACUGAAACGGACUACAAAACGGACUGAGACUGCUGGAGUAACAUCACAUUUGUAGAGUACUUGUGAUCUGCGCGUAAUUUGACUUAAUAUACACUGUGAGUAAUAAACCAGAUAGUAGGAGACUGACUGAUGAUUGACGGAGGGAGUGCAUCGUCUAUCAAUGGAAUUGACCUACAAAACUACUCUUAUUUCGGAUUUUGAAGUGAUUUUCUGUAUUUGGACGCAAAUUUAUGCGUAAUUAAACAUCGCAAUUUAUACAAGCUUACUGAUGCCGUUUUUUGUAACAAAGCAAAAAUUAUACAGAACCUUGAUAACAUUAAAAACGGACAUUAAAAAUUACAUGGUAAUUUAAACAUUGAAACCAAACUUCAAACAUCUUCACGAAAAUGGUGUUUCGUGGAAACAUUAGCCGUUACCCUCAAAACACCAGUUUUGAUUUUAUAAAGCACCAAAAAUAAAAUCUUAGCACUGUGUAGAAAUUUACAGGGUAGGUAUUUGAAGUUUCGUUCAAGUUUAUGGUAGCAUAAACUGUUGUUAAUAAACCUGAGAAUGAUGCCCCUAUGAAAGCACACUUAGGACAUACUAGCAACAAUCAUGUCUCUGUUCUUAUGUCACACAACGUGCAACAUUUGUAUAGGUUUUUGUACUAAGUAAUGGUAGAUACUAGUUCAAAGUACAAGAAAGAACAAUGAACACUAACUAGUUGUUUGAUUACAAUGUAUCCUUCUUCUUUGGCAAAGUCCACUGUAAUGUAGCAUGAUAUAUUACUAGACUCUACAAAGGUUCCAUUCAUAUUAUCACAUGCUUAUCAUGCUCAUGUGCUCCUUUUUUUUGCGGUACACUGUCCUUUCCCAGUCAGUUCUCUUAGAGCUUCGGUUCAUUCACAACAGCGUUUUUUUUUUUUUUUUCCCUCCCACCCACCCUUUGGUCUGCCUGGAACCUUUGUUUAGGUCUUCGAUUAUUCCUUAUGUUCCCUAUAUAUAUCUCAAAUCAAAUCAAAACCGUAUUUCACUUUGAAUUCCAAAAGAUGGCAUCAACUAAUGCUCAUAUCUCCGAAGGUAUAGCACAAAGAAACAGAAUAUAAAUGACACAGGUAAUUAGAAUAAAGUAUAUCUAUAUAUUAUGUACAAGUUUAAGAUAAUGUAGAAACAAGAAGAUUAUUAUAUACAUUUGUGUCUACAGUAACUAGUGAUAAUUAAAACUAAUUACAAAGGAGCAGCAUUUAUUUAUAACGUAUUAUUAAUGCUCUUAAUUUUUGGAUUUGAAGACAUGUAAUGAUUCAGCAGUUCUAAGUACCUCUGGGAGCAUAGCAGUAUUUAGCACGACCAGAACGUAUUUUAAGCAGUUUAUUAUUUUAUUCCCCUAUAUCUAUAUGUAUCCUUAAGAUUAACCUUUUAUAUUAUGGUGUUAUACUCGAAUAGGUCUCAUUCCGUCGUUAGGUUCCGGGGAUGUGAAACUGCUGACUGGCUUCCAAAUAAAAGGAGUGGCAGGGAAGUGCAACCCCUGGCUGCACUUUACCCCACAGUAAGGCUUAGCCCUUGGAGACAGGUCCGGAAAAAUAUCCACUCCAGGGUGUGGACCUCCGGUCCCACCUGAUCUGUACUCCACCCAGGAGGGCCACCCCUCCUGGUUCCCCUUAGUUCCUGUACGGGGGGAUAUGGGCCUCACCCCCCGGAGACUGAUCAGGACUCCUGUCCAGGGUGGCUACCCCCGGUACCACUCGAUCUUGUCUCCCCCCAGGAGGGCUUCUCUCCUGGUCCCCUUAUCCCUAGAUUUAGCGCUUCCCUGCCACCAGGAUUUUGCCCACCACCCUUCGUGUGUAUUCUGUGUGGUACCCGACAUAGAGCAUUUUAUGCGAAAAGCACUGCCAAUUGGAAGAGUUUAUUAAUAAACGCAUAUAAUGGCAUCCAGUCGAAAGUAAACUAUACAAAUGUAACUGUUGACUACUCAUCUUCUGGGGUAGAGUCUUCGCAACUGUUAAUAACUACACUGUAACUUUCCUCAGGUGUUUGCUGGAAACACUGACAGAAACACAGUGAUUAUACACACCUUAAAGCCCCACAUGGAAGCUCGCUUCAUCCGCUUUCAUCCAUUGACUCACAAUCUUAAUAUUCCUUGCCUGAGAACUGAACUGUAUGGUUGUCGAAGUGGUAGGUAUAUCGUCAGUUACUUCAUAUCUUAGUAUGUUUCCAUCUUUCUUUUCUUUUGCUAUCCUUUUUUACUUCAUAUCUUCCUAAAAAUUUAAUUAAUUAGUCCUCGGCAUAUAAACUCUGUUACUUAUUGUAUUAAUAUCACGCGUGGAAAGGUUGCAAAUCCACUAACCGUCUUUUCUUCUUUUAUUCCCGAUCUAAAUACUCUUUUUUGUGGAUGAUUUUACAAAGGUUUUGAGGACUAACAACGCAAGCUGUCUGUAGUUUGACAUGGCUAUAAUUUGAUAUUUUAUCUAGUGAAGAACUGCUUAAUGCCCGUGGGGGUGGAAGACGGUAGAAUUCCUGAAGAAGCAUUCUCUGCGUCAUCAUAUCACAGUGCCAGCUACCUUCCAAACCGAGGCAGGCUUAAUUUGUUACCAAAUGGCGGGAAAUAUUGUUGGGCUGCUAAACAGAACAAUGCUAAUCAGUGGCUUCAGGUACUUAAAUGACAACUAGGCCAUCCAUGACGUUAUGUUUAAUCUAAAUGUAAUACUAAUCAAAUUAGCUUCAACCGUGUAAAUCGACCCUUUCAAGAGUUUUUGCCAAGUAAUUUUUUUGCAUUUUUGAUGAAUUAAAAUAACUCUAAAUCCUACUUAUCAUCAGAUGUUUUCUCAGCACUAUUCUCGUGAAGAUCUAGUCUGAAAGAUGAUUGUUCACUAAAUUACUUUUGAUUCCCAAGGUUAAGAUAAGAUUAAAACUGGUCUGUGAAACUAAAGUGAACUUAGCUGUCGAAGAAACUGCGUGUUCGAUUAAGAACAAUGGGCUCAGCUCUGCAUAAUCUGCUAAUUCUAGGUUAAACUGGGUCGCCUGUUCAAGAUAAGAGGCGUGGCCACUCAGGGUCGCCAUGACGCUGACCAGUGGGUAACAAAGUUCUCAGUGUCUUAUACUGCAGAUGACCUCAACUGGGUUUACAUCCGGGAAGACAGUCAAAUCAAGGUAUAAUAAAAACUGGAAAAAGAGGACUGGCUGCUGGCUGCGCGUGAUACUAGACGCCAACUGACUGGCUUGACCAGCUGAAUCACGAGCUAUGAUGACUAAAUUAUAGUUAGACUAACUAUAGGUAAUGAAUGAACUAAUGAAUGAGCGAAAGCAAUCGUGAGAAAGUGAAUAGCUAAAAGGUUGAGUACGGUGCAGAUGACUAAAUUAUCAACUCAUUUGUAUAGGUAAUAGCAUGAUUUGUAGUGAUAUUUGGCAUAAAUACCACGAGUCAUAUUUCAAAAUUUUUAUAUGUAAUUUCAGGAGCCGUUAGGCGAGUGAAAUUUAAGACAAUUUUGGAAUACAAUAUCACGAGUGGUAUUUAUGCCAAAUAUCAUGUACAAAUCAUGCUAUUAUUUGCUUAUACUACUACCCGCAAAAGGUUUGUAAUCUUCACAUGUAGGUAUUUCAAAUUACGCUGAAAUACCACUACUCUAAGCCAAUCAAAUUGCAGUAAUUUCUCAUGUAGUAUAAAUGCUGGUAAUCGGCGCUUAAUUUUAUCGAUUUAAAGAACAGCGGUAGUUAAAUAUUGCAAGUGUCUUGGCAAAAAAAAAUGUUUUGUCUAGCCAAUUACAAGCGACUUUACUGACCUUAUAACCCCCUUAUUAGCAUGCUAACUUUGGAAUUACAAUUUUAAUAACUAAAUGUUACAUUCGUUCAUUUAUUUGAACUGGAUUGAUUCUUCUGCAGGUGUUCUUUGGCAACAGUGAUAGAAGUACAGUGGUCAAACAUUUCUUUCAUCCUGGCACAGGAAUCUUUGCUCGAAUUAUUCGUUUCCACCCUAAGGCUUGGCAUGGCCAUGUUUCAAUGAGAGUGGAAAUUUAUGGCUGUGAAGAUGGUAUAUAAAUUUUUCAUAUUUUUAUAUCAUUCUCUUUCCAUUUAGCCUGAGAAAACAGACGACAAUUGGUGACGCCACCAACGGUUUCCCCGCAGCGGUCUGAAAACCGAGCGCAGAACUGAAUUCCAUACUGAUGACGCGUCGCUACCCAGAUCUGGGCACUGCUUCUGAUUAGUCGUACUGCUUGUGAAAUUUGCUUCAACCAAUCAGAAGGGUUCUCUGAAGUCCCCAUCACGAAACAGAUGUGGAAUCAAGAUCAAGGGGCUAACGUCACUUUANUACAGUGGUCAAACAUUUCUUUCAUCCUGGCACAGGAAUCUUUGCUCGAAUUAUUCGUUUCCACCCUAAGGCUUGGCAUGGCCAUGUUUCAAUGAGAGUGGAAAUUUAUGGCUGUGAAGAUGGUAUAUAAAUUUUUCAUAUUUUUAUAUCAUUCUCUUUCCAUUUAGCCUGAGAAAACAGACGACAAUUGGUGACGCCACCAACGGUUUCCCCGCAGCGGUCUGAAAACCGAGCGCAGAACUGAAUUCCAUACUGAUGACGCGUCGCUACCCAGAUCUGGGCACUGCUUCUGAUUAGUCGUACUGCUUGUGAAAUUUGCUUCAACCAAUCAGAAGGGUUCUCUGAAGUCCCCAUCACGAAACAGAUGUGGAAUCAAGAUCAAGGGGCUAACGUCACUUUACUACUCAGCCAAUCAUCUGAACUGAACAUGAAAGCUUUUAUCCUAACCAGCAUGAUAACUAGCAUGAUAAGAACUCACAAGUUUACAUGCGUUUUUCUCUGCUACUAACAGAGCUAACCGGUGUGCCAGUUGCACAAUGGACACAAUAAGAAUUCGAAGUUUGAGUUCUCGACCUUUUCGUUGUUCAAAAGCAGUCUUGCUCCCAGCGUCCUCUGGCUUUUUGACAGCUAACCAAAAAGAAAGAAGACUCUUAUCUGGGCACGAGAUUGUAUGAAAAACAGCCGUACAAAAAAGAAAAUUAGACGAGUGUAUAUCAGUAGACCAUUGUGUUAGUGAAUUAAUUAAGUUAAUUAAUCCUUACCUCGAUUCGCUUGAUCUUUCUGUGUUUUGUGACAAAGUCUGUUUUUUGUGACGAAAUUUAGAUGUAAAUUGUUUAAAUUACAACCGUACAAUAAAAAACUGUCCUGUCAGCAGCCGGUACCAAACAAAUUAAAUGCUAAACCUAAACUGAGUCUUGUAGAGCGUUAAUUAACAAUGUUUUCUGUCACAUAUUUUCCAUCCUAUAGCUCGCAGUUGUUUCCUUCCUCUGGGUAUGGAGAGUGGGCAUCUGCCUGAUAGCGCAUUAUCGGCAUCAACAUUCUACAACGCAGCGUGCAUUCCUCAGUUUGGCCGCCUAAAUAAGAUCCCAGCUAGCGGAAAAGCAGGAGCCUGGUGUGCAAAAAGUAACGAUGGCAACCAGUGGCUGCAGAUUUCUUUUGGACGGCAAACUACAGUGACCAAAGUGGCGACCCAGGGACGGUAUGACGCUGACCAAUGGGUGACGAGCUAUAGUUUGUUGCACAGCGUGGAUGGUGCUCAUUGGGUCUGGUAUAGACUUUCUAAUGGACACAUUAAGGUAUGACUAACAUGCAGCGGCAUUUCAGGGAAUUCUUGUUCUAUGAGAAACAGAAGACGCAUUUCAUUUUGAUCAGUACUCAUAUAUUACUAGCUGGAUUUUUGAAAACGUUAACGCUAAAAUAUACCUCCUCUUUCUCUAUCCUCGCCCUUUCUGUUUAUCUUUUCCUUUUUCUCCGCUACUGUGCGUCUCUGGCUUAAUCGGACAAAAAACUUUUAGCCUUUUUGCACUCAAGUGGCUGCAAAUUUUGGCAGGCACAUUCUCAAACAUCUGAGCCAGAUAUUAUUAUUAUCCUAUUAUUUGGAGUGCAAGUCAUUUCUAUAGAUCUUUUGGGACUUCAGUAAGCAUAAGCUUACUUGAGAACACAUAGCUUUCGCUCCUAUCACUUAACAAUUAGCUCAUGGAUCAGCUUGCGUAUGUCUAGAAUUGAGCACGCAGGCACGCGGGAAGUUUGCCGGGAGAGCACGAAAGAGGCGUAAGAGUUUCUCGAAGGGCAGCCGAGAGAAACUCUAGCCCCUUGAGUGCUCUCCAAACUUCCCAAGUGCUCAUUAUCUCGACAUACGCACAACUGAAGCAUGAACUAAUUGUUUAAUAACAGUAUCAAAGCGAUCAAUGCAGCAGCUAACUGAAUUUUUUAUUAUUGUAGCUCGCACUCAAAGCAGUACGCGUCAAUGUCUAUACGUAACUAUAUUUUUUUACCUCACAGUUAUGAAAAAACUGAAAGGAACUUAGCGAAAGUUUACUCAAGUCGCUUAAGAUAACAUUAAAAAAGUUUGUAAAAUUCGUGAUGAGGUUCCGGAAAACUAUUAAUUCACCGAAAAAUUCUUUUUGAAAGAAAUAACUUUGCAAAGAAUGAUUUGCACACGCCACAGCCCGCACAGCUCAGGAAGAUGACAACAACUCUUUUCCCUACUAUCGGUUGACAAAUUCAAAAGUGUUCUCUUUAUAAAACACUUGGUUAACGCUUCAUCGUGUACUGUUGAGUUACGGCCUGCACUAUGGAGACGUCUUGGGACGAUUUCUAAGCUCAAAAGAACUCGAGGUAUAGUUUAUUGGCGUCAACAGCGUGCUGAAUGGGAAUAUCAGAGAGGCCCGCUCGCGAAUAUUCUAGGAACUCUUUAAGCAUUAUACCCUGAGACUAGCUGGAUCAAGUGAUAUAGUUGUUAUUGCAGACUGCUGGACUUUGUACUGUUUCCUUAACAUGUUCCUAUAUUUUUUUAUACUCUUAACACGGUUAACCCAAGUGUUGUGAUCAUCUAUUUUAUUAAUAUAUUGGUCAGGUAUUUGGAGGCAACAUCGACCGCAACACUCCAGUUCAGCAUUCCCUGCACUUGUCAAUCCAAGCCCGCUAUCUACGAUUUCAUCCCAGGACUUGGCAAGGUCACAUUUCAAUGAGGGCUGAAGUUUAUGGCUGCCAGGAAGGUAAUCUAUAUAGGCCGAUAGGAGGAUUUCGGUAGCUAGCAGUUUUUCUUUUUCCAGGAGGCCUCUCCUCGCACCUCUGAUCUACCUUUUGCAAACAAGCAAAGAAAACACGUACAAACAAACGGGGAACGAAAGUUAGAGUGGUUUUCGUUUGAGUGUCGUAAAACCAAAACCAAAGUAAUUACUCUGGCCAAUCACAUAGGACACAGACAAUACAUUGAACCAAUCAAAACUCGAAGUAAUUACAUGUGGCUGACGCAAAGCGCGGGAAAAUGCAUGCGAGCGCGUCACAAUUGGCUUUGGUUUUACUUCUGAUUGGAUGAAAAGGUGGCGCGAAUCUUUUAAGCCAAUCGCAUCGUGUAGAAAGUGCAAAACCAAUUACUUUUCGACACUCAAAUGAAAACCGCUCUAAAAAGAGGCUUAUAAAAGGUAAAGCGUGCCCGCAACGAUAGUAGGAAAAUGUAUUCAAAAUAUAAAAAUAGUGAGUAUGAUAGUAAUACGACACGUGCUUUUGUACGUAGUGUUUGUUAAACAUCCGUAAUGCACUGAAAUAGUGGCCACACUAUGAAAAAUAACAUGAUUGUUCCAUUGAUAACGAAAAAUUAUGAACUUAACCUCUUAAGCAUCGAUUACCAUUGACAAAUAUAAAGAAAAUUGGACAUAACCAGUCCAGUCUUGAUUAAUAUUUGGCGAAUGACUGCCCUGUCUGUGUUCUCUUCUUUUUUUUCGUUAAUUGAGAAUAAACUUCUGUUUUAUAAGGACACCGUUGCUCCAUGUCGCUUGGAAUCGAAGAUGGCCGAAUUCAAGACAGCGCUAUGACUGCGUCCACCAUUCACAACAGUCCCCUCGCAGCCCACGUCGGGCGUUUGAACCAGGCAGCUAGGUCGGGUAAGUCAGGAGCCUGGUGUGCAAAGACAAGUAACAACAAAGAAUGGCUGCAGAUCGAUCUUGGAAAUCCCACCACCGUCACUAAAGUAGCCACGCAAGGAAGGCAAGACGCCAAUCAAUGGCCGACCAGCUACUCAAUAUCUUACAGCCUCACAGGUUCUUAUUGGGUCCAGUACACAGUACGCGGUAAAAUAAAGGUAAUAGCACUAUACUCAUUGCACCGGCCCUAGAAAUAUCUUGGUCACCUCAAGCAUCUUUAAAGUCGAAAAAUGGAAACUGAAUGAAUGUUUAACUCUUGGCAACUGAAAACAUCCUCGUCUUUCGGGUCGAGCAAAAAUAAAAAAGACUUUGCUCAGUCAGAGGACAGGUGAUUUAAGUAUUGAAUCAGUAUGAUGUAACAUUCUUUAUUGAGGAUAUCAAGCUCAGGCAUCGGCACCUCGCCCAAACUCUGUCGUGUGUACGUGUACUUGAAAAAAAUAAUCUUGUUUUCAUUGGUGCCUAGCGCAGAGUACCCAAUCUCCUAACCAGAAUCCUCUGGGUUUUUUGGUCAGCAGGGCUUUGGGUAAGAGAUUGGCGAGUAACGUGGCUUUUGACAACCAUCUUCGUUUUCUUCAAAUGGCUAGUGAGAUUAAAAAAAAAAGACACCUCUGUGUUUUCAUUGGCAAUGAAUGGUUUGUUUCUUACUGUAACUUAUAUAAAGCAAAGUGCAGGUUGUUAUUAAAUGUUUCAACAACUUUAUUUUCUACAAUUCCCCUGUAAUUAUUUGAUUUUUCGUUUUUAUAGGUACUUCGGGGAAACUUUGAUCGUGACUCCAUUGUCGUCCAUCAUUUUUUCCCGCCAUUUCAUGCCCGCUUUGUUCGAAUUCAUCCUUUGAGCUGGUAUGGCUUUGUUUGCAUGCGUGCUGAGCUGUAUGGAUGUCCUAUUAGGGUAAGAGUCCAGCGGUUAUAGACCUUUUGAGCCACUGUAGAUCUUUUUUUUUGCCAGUACAGGUCGCCCCGUCCACACGAAUCGAGAUAUUUUUAAGGCCGCAUACAGUAUUUUAUUUUUUUCCUCACUUUUUCCCCGUACAUGCAAUUAAGACCACCGACUUAGUGAGUCCGCUCAACGGAACCAGAUCUUUUUGAAACUAGUCUCCAGAGUGGUUUGAGGCACCGUCCACACGAAUCUGAGUAAAAAAAAAUAUUGAGUUUCAACAUUCAACAGGACAGUACCUAAAGAACAGUUUCAUCAUGUUCAUGCAUAUUUCGUCUUAUUCACGUGAACUUACACACAAUUUACGAAAUUUUAAAGAACAAUAAACAAACCCGAUGACCUUUUUUGGGAGAGCAACAUACACAAAAGUAAUAAAAAGAUCCAUAUCCUGCAUGUAUUUACAUUUAGAACUUAGUGACUUAUGCUUGGUAAGAAAAAAAGAAGAAGAAUGACGUUUUCUGUCAGUAUAUAAUUUCAGACUUUAACGAUGUCAAAAACUUGGGAAAAAGUCAUUUUGAGAAUUUUUAGAGCUGAAAAUAAAAAUGAUGUUUUAUUUUGACAAGCAAGAUACUAAAGUAUGACUAAGAUUUUUUUUUACUGAAAAUUUACUUUUAGGGCAUUUAA